AUGGAGUUCCCCAACUCCCGUCUCAUUGAGACAUCCGAGUACCCGGCCUACAUGGACGGUCUCAGCACCUUCAUACCCGUCCGCGUCCACCGCGACGCAUCCCUCGCCGACCGCGGCGCCCUCCGUGCCCAGAAGGAUUGGCAGCGUGUCUUGGGCCCUCUGCCGCCCGGAUUCUCCGGCACCAUGGGCCCCGCGUUCAACUUCGUCGCGGUCACCAUGCCCGAGACGCUGCCCGACCGCUUCGAGCUCGUGGGGUACAUCGUUGAGAUGAUGUUUCUGAUUAACGACAGAAUUGACAUGGCUGCCGAGUCAUCGCUUACCGAGCUCGCUGCUCCGCAUCUGGCCGAUGUUCUGCAUGCGCGGGAGCUGGUCAUGAACGGCGGCGGCGGUGAGGUGGAUGACGUGUCGUCGUGCUCGCCCGCGACCAAGCUCAUGGCGAGCGUGGGAAGGGAGAUGUUUGCCGUGGAUCCCGAGGCCGCCGUGCACGCUGUGCGCUGGCUGGAGAAGUGGGUGAAGCUGAUGAUGGGUAUGGGCCGAGCGAAGGCUGGGCAUCCGAAGAGCCUGGAUGAGUAUCUAGAGGGCAGGCUCGUCGAUGUUACUUCUCACAUCAACGGAGCCGCGAUUGGCCUGAAGCUAUUCGCCAUGGGUCUACGGAUCCCAGAGGAUCAACAGCAGAUGUGUCUGGACCUCUCACGGCCCUUUUGGCUGCAGACCUUGCUCGUCAACGACUACCAUUCCCUCGCCCGCGAAGUGAAACAGGCAGAUCUCCAGGGCAAGACAAAAUCGGUGUGGCGUGAGAAGACACGUGAGUACUGUGCCGAGUACCUGCGGGUUCUCGAGGGCGUGAGAGCCAGGGAUGAUCUCUGCAAAGAUGCCAAGUUCCUACUCGAGACACUGCAGUUCGGCAUGAGCGGGAACAUUGUCUGGAGCCAGCAGUGCCCCCGAUAUCAUGACAACCAAACCCUGACGCCGGCGCAGCUCGAAAUGGCAAGGGGGAUCUCUGCAGAUGAAGCCACCGGACCCAGCCUGGCAUGCCCGGGUCAACAAGGGGGCGAAAAGGUGCUUCUCAGCUCUCUCAGCUCUCUCAGCCUUCAUCAAACGGACAACACUCCGUCUCUUGCCCAAAGCCUCACCUACCAGAUUAUGGCGGUUGUACAGUCCGUCCCACCUUUGGGUACAGAGGCUCUCGAAGCCCCCACGCGCUACCUUGACUCGCUCCCGGCCAAAGGCAUCCGCGACAAGGUCAUCGAUGCCUUAAACUUCUGGUUCCGGGUGCCGGCGGAGGAGACGGCCAUAAUCAAGAAGACGGUCAAUCUGCUGCAUGGAGCGUCUCUGAUGAUGGACGACAUUCAGGACUCAUCGCAGCUCCGCCGCGGUUCGCCGGCAACCCACCUUGUCUUUGGACAAAUGCAGACCAUCAACUCUGCCGGGUACCGCUUUCUUCUCGCGCUGGAGGAGAUCAGGAAGUUGAAGAAGGAAAUCCGAGACUUGUACAUUGGACAGAGCCAUGAUCUGGAAUGGACCAACAACUUGGCCUGCCCCACGGUGGAGGAGUACCUAGCGAUGGUCGAUGGCAAAACUUCCGGACUGUUCCGGAUGCUGGCGAGAAUGCUGGAUGCGAAGUCGACCUCGCCCACGAAGCUGGACGUAGUACAGCUCACGCGGUUCAUGACCUUGCUUGGACGGCUGUUCCAGGUCCGCGACGAUUACAUGAAUCUGACAUCGGCCGAUUACACGAAGCAAAAGGGCUUCUGCGAGGACCUCGACGAGGGCAAGUACUCGCUACCGCUCAUCCACGCCCUGUCGCGCGCCGGCUUGCCUUCCGGAAGCACGGUCCUCCAGAACCUGCUGGCGCAACGCCACGUCCAGGGCCGCAUGUCCCUCGCUCAGAAGAAACUGGUCCUGCAGCAGCUUCAGCAGCAGGGCAGCCUUGCGCAUACGCAAAGGGCGGUCCAUGCGCUGCAGGCUGUGCUGCGGGACAUGGCGGAGAAGAUGAACAUGAUGGAGAAUGAAGAGCUGAAGAGGCUGCUGGAGGGUUUGAAGGUGUGAAUGAGCCAUGUGAAGGAUGGGCAACGAUGAGUAUGGAUUGCGAUAGCCCUACGGAACACCCAAACAGGGGGUUUCUAGCUAGUAUUCACCCACCUGUAUUCCUGAUUUCACUCCGGCACCAUGUAUCCUUGUGAUGCUUGCCCGAGGACUUAGAGGGGUAUGAGCUUGGUUGAAGUCACCAGAGCUGAAGGAGCUAAGCACUAUCCUUCAACAGCCUUGUUGUGGUCAACACGGAAAUUGCGUACCUUACCCUACUCCACUGCUGGUAACGACUGAUGGUAUUCCUGAGCCUGUCCACACAAUCACUUCAUGAUCCCCUGGUCUCCCGUGAAAGUUCCUUUCACCAAAUAAACAAAGACCCCACAAACAAUCACUACUUUCCCCCUCCCCUCUGCCCUUUACUCACUCGACAUUCUCCUCCUCCACCUUCACCUCCUC